AUGGUGAAAUCUGAGAAUGAUGACGAUCCAGGGCUGUCAUCAAUCGAUCAGGCAGCCACCACAUCAUCAUCAGGGAGGCUCCUGUCAUCAGUUCCUGAGGACUCGGAACAUCAAGAUGAAGUCCCAUCACUACGGCAAAAACAUAAGCAUCGACAUAGCGAAGAUUCUACGAGCUCAAAGGGAAAAAAGAAACACAAGAAGCAUAAGCACAAAAAGAAAUCUAAGGAUUCGUCAACUAAACCUCCCAUGGCACGACCUGGAAUGGUUCGUGCCAUGAGCUGGGUUCGACAGCCAUCAAAACGGCAGCUGAUGGAAUUGGAAGAAAUGGUGGAGGAGGAUGAAGGAAAAGAAGAGGAAGCUAGUCAUGAUAAAAAUGGCGAGUCUGCUAAAGCUGAAAAGCACGACAAGUCUUCAAAGUCGUCUCAUAAGUCUCACAAGAAAGACAAGAAGAAGAAGAAGAAGAAAAGUGACAAAGCUAGUGCACCUCGACCGCGUGCACAAAUGGUGCGGGCCAUGAGUUGGGUCCGCCAACCAUCGCAAAUGCAAUUAAUGGCCAAAGAUAUUGAAAAAGCCGUAUUUGAAGCGACAGCAGAAGAAUCAGAGGAAUCUAAUACACCUGAUGCCGUUUUUGAAACGAACGCCAACACGGAAGAGGAAUCUAGAGAAGCCGAAGAUCCUUCCCCGGGCGCAUCAAGCAUGGAGGUCCCCAAGGUAAAAGACAAGGCACGUAGGCCACGAGCCCAAAUGAUUCGAGCCAUGAGCUGGGUGCGUCAACCGUCACAAGCCCAACUAUUGGUCAAAAAGAAGAAAAAGAAGCAUACGCACCAUAGGUCAUCCAAGCACCGUCAGAAGAAAGCCAGCAAGACAAAGUCUGAAAUGGAAGCAAUGUCGGAGGAAGAUGAAGAGGAAUCUUUGGAAUUGACGGCGGUGAUGGGUGGUGAUAAUGACGCAACCGAAGAACCGUCCCGGCAGUCUCUUUCCGACGGCCCCGAUUCGACUGCCUUGGAGGAAAGUACCAGUUCUAUAGGAAAACAAAAGGCUAGCAAGCGAGGACAAGGACCCAAGCGUACCAAAUCUUCCAAAUCUUCAAAGAAACAUGGGGGAUCUCAAAACUUAGGUUCCUUUCUGAAUGACGCAGAGAAUAAACAAAACCCGAAUGACAGCUAUCAUAAUGAUGACGUCUCGCUCACAGUGUCGGAGGCGGUGAAACAACCAUCCAGACCUUCCCGAUCAAAUGGAGCUUCAAAGUCAAAGAACACACUGAAUGAUGCAAUUAUGGAGUCCUACGAUUCCUUUUUUGAUUUCUCGGCUGACAUUGACGACAAUUUGGAACGACAAUUUGGAGCCUACGAUCCUGGUGGCCGUACGAUAUACGACGUGGCGCACGAGACGAGUCAGGAAAUCAGGCAUGACGAGAUUGGGGAUACUAGAGGUCGGCCAAGGCAAUCGGAAGUGAAACAAGAGCGAAAAGCGUCAAAGAGCAGAUCCAAGUCUCGACCAAAGAAUCGAUCCAAAUCACCGAGACAAAGGUCGAAAUCUAGAAAUCGGUCGAAGUCAAGAACUAGGUCCAAAUCACCAAAGCGAAACAACAAAGCGUUACCAACGCCGGAAGCCGGCUUGGAUGAUGAUAACAGCUCGCUCGACCUAGGCGAAUCGAAACAACCUGCAGAAGCACCACUGCAUGACAAGGGUGGGAAGAAGAAAAGUCGAUGGUCAUUGAGUCGAGGUGACAGCGAUAGUAGUCUAUCCAAGAAGAAGAAGAAGAAAAAACGAGGCUCGAAUGGCCACAACAGCACAUCCAUCAUCGAUAUGGGGGGAAGCUUGUCAUCUCUAAGGACUUCGAUCACAAACAAAUUUGGGUUCAAGAAGAAAAGAGAAAGCAGCUCAAGUAUCGGGAUUGUUGAAAGCCCAUCCACACAAGGCAAAGAAAUGGUCUCUAUCGAGGAGCUACCAACCGAUGACCCCUGUCCACUGCCUCCACCUAUCAUUGAUCUUGAGGAUAGCCCAGCUGCUAGUGUCAAGAGUACCGUUAGCAAUAGAUUGCAGAAUAUUGACAAGGGAGAAGAUGAAAACGAAUGGCGAAAAGCUGACAGAGAUAUGACGCUUCCACAGAAGGAGGAGAGAGGCUCCUCUCUGAAACGAUAUGUUGGAAAAUCCGUCGCAGAAAUGCCACCCAAGUCGCCUUCCGAGACGAAGGCAUCUCCACAAAGAGAAUCAGAAGAUUCUCCGAACAGGAGGCAACUGACACGGACAUCGUCAAACAAUAAAGGGAAGAAGUCAGAAGAGAAUUCUGAUUUUCCAGGCAAGGCUCAGUUGAAGAGGAUGUCAGCCGCUGCUUCGGACAGUGCUUCUACUUCUGGGGGGAAUAAUGAGUUGCCACAAAGACGGCAGUUAAGAAAGACAUCGUCAUACAGCCGACCAAAAUCACCUUCUACAGCGAAAUCUGAACUUCGACUGAGUAGCAUUCGAAGACCCCCACUUGAUGACGGAGAUGAUGAUUCAAUCGAACCUGAGUUUGUUGAAAAAAGGAAGUCACUCCUUGCAUUUGGUGAUGGAGCGGUGUGUGACGAUGAUUCAAUCGAGCCUGAGUUCGUUGAAAAAAGGAAGUCGCUCAGGGUUACAGGGCAGAAAGCGUUGGCGUCUUCAGCGAAGAGCAUUGGUGACGGCGGCAGCGUCUCUUCUCCAAACCAUGAUCCAUCCUCGUCGUCGUCAGAUGAUGAUGCCAGCAUCUCAUCUCAUGAAGAUGAUUCCCAUCCCGCAACGAUACCUGAAUCCAUGCGAACACCAGUUUUGUCACCUAUCGACGACAGUGAGGUCAACUUCAAAUCAAAGGCCACACGACGGCUUCGAGCAAGUCUUGGGGGCUUGCCGGCACCCCCCAAUGAGGAUCGUGAAAAGACGACUAUCCCGCGAUCGGAAAGCUUUGGUAGUCCAAAACUUGUCCCAAAACAGAAGGAAGAACAACUAAAGAGGUCGAAUUCAUUCAACGGCGAAGAGAGCCCAAGGAUUGGAAUACGCAAAGGAGGACGAAAGUCUGGAACCUUUGGUAGAUCCAAUGCCUUGAGUGAUGGGACUGCCCCAAAUCUGACGAAGCCUUCGUUGCGAAGGUCUCUGACAUCCCCAGAAGGAUCGCAUCGCCAGAGGCGCUCGGUUGAGUUUUCAACGACACUCCCAUCCAAGUCACCAGGACGAAGAAGAUCGCCAGCCACCAGCAAAUCACCCCGCACAAGCAAGUCACCGUUGGGUAGGGAAGUCAAGGUUGGUCAAAAGCUGAAUGGUGCAACUGUGAACAAUGUGUCUCUAGACUUUCUCGUUAGCCCCAGAGCAGUUCAGGUUCAACGCAGAAUCAGCCUGUCAAAUGGUGCCGUUAUGAAUGAUACAUAUACAAAGGAGAGAAGUCCUCAGAAAGACGAUCUGGAAGUCUCGGCUGCAGCCAUCCAAUCAAACUCUCAGGAACAAUCCGACGAUGAGCAAAUUGCCAAACUCAAGUCGUUCUUGUAUGAGGAACAUGAUAGCGAGAGUGAAAACUCGGCGGAAUUGGAAUCAGCUGGACCUAAUGUCGACGAAAUUCGAGCCGAAGCCAAGGCAAUCAUGGAAAAGAGAAGGCAAGAGAAGGGAAUUAAAUCCCCCCCUCAUGCUUCACAGGGAACCGCCAGCAUCCUCGGAAGGUUAUCCGAACCAGUUCAUAAAGGCGAGAUGGCAAAUUUGGAAGUAGAUGGGCACUCUACUCCACCAAAACGGCGCAUCGAACCGCCAAAGAAAGUCCGAUCCCUUGAUUCUGUUGAUUCUAAUGUUGGAUUAGAUGAGGGAGAGGAAUCAUUGAAGACCCCUGCACCCAACAAAAAGAGGGAACCUGUGAGAGGAAUUGCAAAGUCGCUGUCAUCUGGUGCCCCCAGCAGACUUCAGCCAAAGCGUCAUUCGCAACGAGACAAAGUGUUGAGUGCUCUUGGCGCAUACGAUUCUGAUGAAGAAGAUUACACACUUCCAACGAAGUCAGAGAGAGAGCCUACCAGGGGCAUUGGAAAGUCAAAAUCCUAUAGUGCGCCACAAAGACCUGCCAAGCGAAGCCAGUCGCCUCGUCGCGAGUCACGGGCGGAAAGGAGGCUUCAAGUCUUCGGCGCAAUUGGUUUGGACUUCAAUCUAGAUGAGGAUAACUUCCCGGUUAUAAAGAAGAAGCCAGCUCCGCAGCCGCCAUCCAAUUUGGAAUCUGAAACCUUACCUAAUUUGGAGCUGGACCCAUUUGAAUCAAAAUCAGAUAUGGUUCAAAGAACACCAAAUCAACCGAAGAAAGAAGACAAACCGAAUCCAGAAGAUAUUACGACUACGAAGCCUGCUGAGAAACAUUGGUUCGACAGCCCAAGUGCAGAUAGCCCACACAAGAAAAUGAUAAUACCAGUUCGAGGUGUAGGAAGAUCAAAAUCGGCAGGUCCAUCCCAAUCUCGCAACCCAGCGGAUUUACCCUUUGAUAUUGGAGAGUCAGUGAACGACAAGUCUACAACUCAGACGAAUGCUGAACCAGAAGUCGAUGUGAAGUCAGAGUUACCGAAGGAAGAAACGGAAUCUGAACCAGCAGAAGCAAAGAAACCAGAGCCUCCGCCCGUCAAACAUUGGUUUGAUAGCCCAAGUGCUUUUUCUCCGAAACCAAAAGUUAAAGUACCGAUUCUACUUCGCAAGAAAGAUUCUGAAAUAGAACUAGAAUCAGCUACAUGUGAUGCUGACAAAGACGAACAAAACCCAGUCAGUGCUGGUGAUUCUGCACCAGAAAAUGAAAAGACAUCCGAGUUACCAACAGAAGAAGCCAAUCCUGGACCAGAAGAAGUGGAGAAACCAGAGCCUCCGCCGGUCAAGCAUUGGUUUGACAGCCCAAGUGCUGUUUCUCCGAAACCAAAAGUUAAACCACCAAUUCUACUUCGCAGGAAAGAUUCCGAAACAGAAGAAGAAGCAGCGACAUCUGAUGCUGACAAGGAAGAAAAAGAUCCAGUCAGUGGUGACAUUUCUGAGGAUGUCAGUGUCGCAUCGGAGACGCUACUUGAUGAAGAAAGCUCUGUUGAAAUCACAGUCAGCGAUUCGGAUCCAGACAAGGAAUCAAUUGAAGAAGAGACUGUGGAAGAUUCUGACGACGAUAUGACAUUGGAAACAGUUGAGUCUGAGAACGAAUUCGUUGAGGGAGAAAGCAGCGGUGAUUUUUCCUAUGAUGAAGAAUCAGUUGACGACGACGAUGAGGCAUCAGUCCAGCACUACGAAGGUGUUUUGGUGGACGAUGUAUCUGAAGAGUCCGAAUAUGAUGAGGUUAUUGAAGGAGAUUCAAUGGACGAAUACAGCAGCUACUCUGAAGAAUCAAUCGAAGACAACAUGGAGGAAGAUAGCGAAGAUGACUUUGUUGAAGAAGAAGUCAUCGACGAUGCUUCAGUUUCUGAUUCUAAUGACGACGCCAGUUAUGAAGAAGACGUUCUGAGCACAGAGGAUGAAAUUGAUGAUGAUGCAAGUUUUGACGAGUUGUCAGUAAUUGAUGAAGAUGUUGAAUAUGAGUCUGGGCCAGAAGUCGAAGAAGUAUCUGAUGACGAAGGCAGUUUUGAGGAAAUGGCUAUCGAUUCAGGCAGUGAUGACGAUGACGAUGAAAUAUUUGAAGAAAUUCUCGAAGACUCAUCUCUCGAUGACAUUAUCGAAGAAUCAAGCCUUGAAGACAUUUUGGAAGAGUCGUCUUCAGAUGCGGACGACAUCAUUGAAGAAGAGAUGCUCGAGGAUAUUAUUGAGGAGUCAUCGUUGGAGGACAUUAUGGAAGAGACUUCUUCACUUGAAGACAUCGCUUUGGACGAGUACGAAGAGUUUGAUGAGGAUAUGGAAAAAAUCGCUGAUACAGAUGUCAUGCACCAACCACUCUCAAGUAUCGCCGAAGAGUUUAAUGAUAUCGAGGAAACAGUAAUCGAGGAAGAGAUUGAAGGCGAGGGAGAAUCCUUUUACAGUGCUGUUGAAUAUGAGGAUGAGGACGGGACCAUCAUUGAAGAGAUAAUGACAGUGGAUCCUGCAGAAGAUGGAGCUGAUGAUAUCACUGAAAUCAUCGAAGUGUAUGAAAGCGACUACGAUGACAUGCCGACUGAGCUGGUUCCGAUCAGUGACGAUGAUGAAAGCGUGGAGGAAGAAAUUUUGUAUUCUGAAACGGAACAUGAUACGCCCUUUGAUUCCAAAGUUUCCUUUGAUCACUCUUUAUUCCCCAUUGGAGAGGACGAAGAACUUAUUGAAGAGGACGAGGAAAUGGUUAUUGCCGAUGAUGAAGAACUCCUUUUUGAAGAGGAAAGCUUAAAAGAUGACGGGGACUUUGUUGGUGAUAUGAACCGAUCAAUGUACUCAUCGGACGAUAGCGACUUCAGGUCAUUCGACUCGUCGUAUGGUAGCAACUAUAGUGACGAAGAAGAAGUAGAACCAGAAUUACCAGUCCCGCAAGUACCACCAACAGAACAGCUUCGGAAAUGGCAAGAGGACCAAGAAAAUCUUAUUCAAGAACUGGGAGAUGGUCCAGAGAUGUAUCCUCGAACACCAAAACACAUACUGAACGCUAUUCUUUUAGAAGCGGAAUCAGAUUAUCAGUUCUCCAAGGGCGUGCAGGCUCCGGACUAUCAUAUGAUUGAAUUUUUGGCUGUGGUGGAAGAGGCUGUCGAAAUUGGCAAGUUCACCAAGAAAACCGAGGUGAUCGUUGAGAAGGUUGCAAAAGAGCCUCUGCCUGAACCACCGCCACCACCAGAAGAGCCCGAAGAUGGUUUGGACAAGCCUCGAAAAUGGAAGUUUGAAGUCCCAACACUUCCAGUCUUGAAUACCUAUCAAGAGGAAGAAAAGAAAAAAGUGACAAAAGAAUUGGAUAAGGAACUUGAAGAGCAUGGAUACGUGCGAGAAGAGUUCGUUGUGGGUCCAGAAGUAGCCGCACCUACUCCAAAGAACGUUAUGAUGGCCAUUCUUUCUGCUGCUGCUUUAGAUUUCAAGCUUCGAAAGGUACCCGAACAACACAAGAAAGAGUUUGAAUCUAUAUCAGAUGCUGCUUCCAGCAUUGCUCGUUUAACCAAGUUGAAAGAGAAUGUGAUCGAAUCUGUGUCAGUGGGCGAAGCGGCGCUGAAGAAGCAAGAUGAUUGGGCUCCAGCUGGAAAACCAAUCGAAUUUGAGCGAUCCGUCGACGUGCUUCUAGCCACAGAAGCUGCAAUGAUGGGUAAGAUGAUGAGGCGCCGGGAGAAAGAAGUGGUUUCGAAUUUUGAUUUCAAAGCUCGAUUCAAAGUGUUUGAGGACAAAUUUGAUGUCGAUGAAGCAUUUGAUGAAAAGGGCCGCAAGAUUUUCCGUACCGAUCUUCUGCUUGACCAAUACAUCAAGGAUCGAAGGGAAGAGAAAGCAGAUGUCGACUAUGGAAUGUCACUCGUCGAGCAAGUGCAAGAACAUGAAAAGCUCAAGACGAAUAUUUCCCUUCCUACCAAGGCACUUCCAAAGUUUGGCCGCAAGGCUGGCAAGCAAAUGACACAAGCUGAAUGGACGAAGAUCUUAUCCAAGGCUGUUGCUGAACGAGCUUGGGACCGUCGCUAUCGACUACACCGUCCCAAGGUGACUUUGAAAAUCAAGAAGCAGUGCAUGUGCCCAUACUGUACCAAUCCCAACGCGUAUCAGACUCAUGAGUACAAGCGAUUGCAAGAAAGUCACAAACCAGCACCAUAG